AUGAGUUUGUGUUCUCUUCCAGACUCAACUCGAACAUGGGGACAUAGCGAGAAUGGCAACAAACAGGAGGAUGGUCCUGCCAACCACAACGGGCCCCCACGCAACCAGGAAACCCAGGAACCACCCUACGCAGAUUGCAACAUGUUUGACCCUCGAGGUGUCGCUGUCAAUCUUAUGUCUUUUUCCAACAUGCCGAAAGUUGAGGGCGAAGACGAAAGCUACUCGGUGGCGUCGCUCGAUGAAGAGGAUUUGGUGAAGUUGGCAGACUCGAUCGACCGACCAUCACGCCAAUCACCACCGACCAGCGUGCUACGAGACAUGAGCAGUAUCUCGUCUGUGGGGACGUACGAUCCGGACCUUAAAAGGUCUUUUCACGGCAAGCCUGCAGAGGGGCCAGAAGAGGAUGAGGACCUCAUGGACUCAGAUAUUGAUUGGAGCCCGAUCGUGGACCAACUAGCCUCACAAGCCAGGCCCCAUUCCGUUGACCCGCCUAAAUCUCAGCCAGUACCUGAAAUUUUAUCAACUCAUUCGCAGAAACCUGAGUUGGCUCCAUCUCACCAGCUUGUGGUUCGGCCAUUCAAUCGACCGCCCUUCCCAUCGACACUUCGGGACAAAUCUCCCGUGUGCGGACUCUCAAAUAACACCGUUUCACGCACUUGCUUCCGCCUCGGGCAUCUCAUCGCGGAGAACGUUCGGAAUUCAUCCCAAAACCGAGAUGUCGUGUAUGAGCUCUACGCGCGAGUGAACUACUCAUACCGAAACCGACCCUCUGCCACUCAGAUUCCACUCUUCAAUGUCAUCAAACAUGACAACUCGUUUCGAACGCAGCACUUUCAGUUCAUGGACCUGUGGAAAGAUUUGAAGCCCCAUGUCUGGGGUGUGUUGGAGAAUUGGAGGCCCGACGGGGUUCUUGAUAAACUGAGUAGCAUCUUCCUUUCGGCUGGACCACCUCCGUCGCAAUUCUCGCAACAAAAUGAGGUCGAGCGUGAGAGAAAGCUGUGCCGGUGUAUCUGCCGCAUCUCUAAAGCGCCCAAGGGGGCGUCUCAGGCUGGUGGGCGGAAUAAGAUCAACAAUCCUGAAAUCGGAGGUUGGUCUAUGAAGGUGUUGUGGAUAGAAGAGGUUGGGUGGGAUGCUAUUGAGAAGAUGAAGAGCAUUAUUUGUCAGGAGUGA